UCAAAAGCAGAAGGAUGGUAGCUUUGUUCUGGCAAAGUAUAUAAAGCAUGCAAUAAGAACUAUCAUCGCAGGCUGUUUUGGAAUGGACAACCCGAUAAAUGGCACAAACUGGAGGAACCUCAGCGGGCUGAAGUACUGGGAUGGCCUGUUGGAUCCUCUCAACAUCGAUCUCCGGCGAUACAUCAUUCACUACGGCGAAAUGGCGCAGGCGACCUACGAUGCCUUCAACACGGAAAAAGCAUCCCGUUUUGCGGGAAGUAGCCGUUAUGCAAAGGAGGACUUCUUCUCCAAGGUGGGCUUGGAUGUGGGGAAUCCCUACAAGUACAAGGUGACCAAGUUCAUUUACGCGACGUCGCUGAUCCCGGUGCCCGACUCCUUCAUUUUGAAAUCGCUGUCGAGGGAAGCGUGGAGCAAGGAGUCUAACUGGAUUGGGUACGUCGCGGUGGCCACCGACGAGGGGGUGACGGCGUUGGGGAGGAGAGAUAUUGUGAUUGCUUGGAGAGGGUCGGUGCGGACACUGGAGUGGGUUGAUGAUUUUGAGUUCAAUUUGGUUUCAGCCUCAAAGUUAUUUGGGAAUCAAAGUGGUAAUCCUAAGGUGCAUGAAGGAUGGUACUCUAUGUACACUUCUAAUGAUUCCAGAUCCCCCUUCAACCGAUCCAGUGCAAGAGACCAGGUUAUCGAUGAGAUUCAAAGACUAGUGGAAGAAUAUGAGGAUGAAAGCAUCAGCAUAACCGUGAUAGGCCAUAGCUUGGGUGCUGCACUUGCAACCCUAAAUGCUAUGGACAUAGUUGUCAACAAGUUGAACAAAUCGAGGGACCAACUCGACAAGACUUGUCCAGUGACUGCCUUCGUCUUUGCAAGCCCUCGGGUCGGAGACUCAAACUUAAAAGAUCUAUCUUCUGGGUUGAAAGACCUUCGAGUCUUGCGCGUCCAUAAUAUUCUAGAUAUUGUUCCUAACUAUCCCCUAUUUGGCUACUCCAAUGUGGGAGAGGAGCUGCUCAUCGACACCCAAAAGUCGAAGUACUUGAAGAGUCCUGGAACGGUGUCAAACUGGCAUAAUGUGGAGACUUACCUUCAUGGAGUGGCAGGAACGCAUGGAGCAAAAGGGGAUUUCAAUUUGGAAGUCAAGAGAGACAUUGCACUUGUAAAUAAAGACCAAGAUGGAUUAAAAGAUGAGUACCUUGUGCCAGUUGCAUGGAGGUGUGAGAAAAAUAAGGGUAUGGUUCAACAGGAGGAUGGUUCUUGGAAGUUAAUGGAUCAUGAGGGUGGUUUCUGAAUUAGCCCAUAGGCAAUAUAGAAGGUCUUGUGAGGUUACUACAACCAAACAAUACUAAUUAAGUUGGUUGGGUUUUUGUAUAUGUGCAUGUUUGUAUGUUUUCUUCAAUAUUUUAACUUAAUUAGUUUGUUUAGUGUUUGGUUGCCCCGAUGAAUUGAAUGGAUCAAAUUGGUGUAACAAUAAUAAACCGUCUUAGGUUUUAUUUAGCAGCAUGUAUUUGAGAUUUGAAUUUGAAUUUGUGUAAAUUAUUAAUAUCGAAGAAAUUUAAUGUAAAUUUAUA